CUGAAUGAUCAGCAUUGGGGAUAUGUUGGUAUUUAUGACAUCAGCUGUUUAAAAUUGACAUGUGCAUAUUUCGGCGUAAUUGAAGAGAAUUCUCUAUGGAAAGUACAAUGGCAAAUACUAAGGACGCUUUGAUUGAUAGUUCUGGAACAGCGGAGGCUUUCAUAGAUCCAAAAGAUGUUCCAUGGUGGACGUCCAGUCGUCUUGGCCUGGCUGUUCUGGGAUUUUUUGGGUUUAUAAAUCUCUAUGCCUUGCGAGUUAAUCUCAGUGUGGCCAUAGUGUGUAUGGUCAAUGGAACAGCAGUACACUUAAAUUCGAUGGCUGAGAUCGACUACAAAAACUCUUCUGUCCCAGUAAACCAGCAGUUUGAUAGUAGCUGUGGACUUGUCUCUGCCAACACCAAUCAAACAAUGGAAAGACAAUUUGAGGAUGGUGAAAUAGUUUGGGACAAGACAACGCAGGGCCUUAUACUGGGGUCAUUUUUCUGGGGAUAUCUUACAACACAAAUUUUAGGUGGAUGGGUCGCCGCAAAAUUUGGAGGGAAGAGGAUUUUAGGCCUUGGAAUGACCAUCUGUUCUUUUUGCACUUUCCUGACCCCCAUUGCUGCUCAGACCGGCUUCGUUUUCCUCAUGAUCAUAAGAAUUAUCAUGGGCAUUGCCUCGGGCACAGUUUUUCCUUCCAUGCAUACAAUUUGGGGCAAAUGGGCCCCUCCUUUGGAACGGAGCAAGCUAACUGCGUUUACUUAUGCAGGAUCACAAGCUGGGAUUGUAAUAACUUUUCCAAUAUCAUCUUUGUUGUGUAAAUAUGGGUUUGCUGGAGGAUGGCCCUCAAUUUUCUACGUACUAGGUCCCCUAAGUAUGAUAUGGGUCAUAUUGUGGAUGUUUCUAACCAGUGAUUCACCAGAACAACACAAACGUAUUUCUACCAUAGAAAAACAGUACAUCAAACAGUCAUUGCGAAAGACUACCCGUCAAGAAGAUAGUAAGGACUUGAAAGUUCCUUGGAGAAGUAUAUUUACAUCACCUCCUGUGUACGCCAUCGUUUUAUCUAACGUUGCCAGUGACUGGGGAGGUUAUACAUUUCUCACCAACAUUCCUAGUUACAUGAAAGAGGUUCUCAAACUAGACAUUACAUCAAAUGGACUUUAUUCUGCAUUACCCUAUAUUGGGUUUUGGUUUGUGGUAAAUGUCGCUGGGGUGUUUGCCGACUUCACCCAAAAAUGUCUAUCAACCACGAUGACUAGAAAAAUCUUUGAAGUUUCAGGUAAAGUAAUACCAGCUUUGCUGCUAAUAGGCCUUGGGUACUUAGACUGUACAAUGAAGGGUUUUGCCAUUGCUCUACUUACCCUUGGGGUCAGUUUUUCUGCCCUUCAAUACAGUGGUUUUCUUAUUAAUCAUAUGGACAUUGCCCCGGCAUAUGCAGGGAUCCUGUUUGGAAUUUCUAAUUCGUGUGGUGCCAUCUCCGGCUUUGUAUCACCUGCUGUUGUAGGACUUAUUACAGAGAAGAAUCAGAGUCGAUCGGAGUGGCAAAAAGUUUUCUUUAUAGCGGCAGCUAUAUACCUUUUCUGUGCUCUCUUUUACCUGGUAUUUGGCAAGGGAGAGCCACAAAAGUGGGCUAUAGAAGAAAAUACUCUAGAAGUGGAAGAAAUGAAUCAAGCCGAAGAGGAAAAGGAAAUUUUUAAGGCGCCAGAGAAAGUCUGAUGAAGGUUUUCUCUGUAGAAAUAUUAAAAUAUUAAAGAGCUGGAGUCCGAUGAAAGUCCUCUCCGUGGGCCAGAGAGAGCUGCAUGAUGAAGGCUUUUUUUUUCUGUUGGGAAAGGACAAAUUUGAAGAAUUUGGGAAAGUUUUCUUGUUUUUUUUUUCCCUUUGUGAUGUGUAUGCAGUCAUCAAUAUACUUUGAGGACUAUUAGUAUUUUCUUAAGAUAUAAGCUUUUAUUCAAGGGUUAUUAGUUUUAUUCUUGUAAUAAAGAUGGCAGGGAAUAUAUAUUUACAUGUGUAUGUGCAGGUUGUGUGUUUUAUUUUACUUUUUUAAAGAAAAUAUUCUCUGUGUUGUAUGAUUUACAGGUAAGAAAAUGUGACAUAUUGCCAAAAAUGAUUUACUGUAAAAGUGUUAUUAACAUCGACCACAAAAACAUAAUGUUUAUAAUAUACUCAUAUUUCUGUAACAAAAAAAUAUUUGAUUAAGUUGGUCGAUGUUAAGAAUAAAAAGAAAAAUAUUCAG